GGCUGGGGAUAUAAGCCAGAGCCUAGACCAGUGAGCGAACUGUGCGGACCAGACCGGGCAGCCUUGCUCAGUUCAGCAUAGCGGAGAGGAUCCGAGCGGAUCGGAGCACACUGGAGCACACCGGAGCACACCGGAGCACACCGGAGCACACCGGAGCAGGUUCAUCGAGAGGGCUGCUGCGAGACCAUGGAGAACGGAUACACAUAUGAAGAUUAUAAGAACACUGCAGAAUGGCUUCUGUCUCACACUAAGCACCGACCUCAAGUUGCAAUAAUCUGUGGUUCUGGAUUAGGAGGUCUGACUGAUAAAUUAACUCAGGCCCAGAUCUUUGACUACAGUGAAAUCCCCAACUUUCCCCAAAGUACAGUGCCAGGUCAUGUUGGCCGACUGGUGUUUGGGUUCCUGAAUGGCAGAGCCUGUGUGAUAAUGCAGGGCAGGUUCCAUAUGUAUGAAGGGUACUCGCUCUGGAAGGUGACAUUCCCAGUGAGGGUUUUCCACCUUCUGGGUGUGGACACCCUGGUGGUCACCAAUGCAGCAGGAGGGCUGAAUCCCGAGUUUGAGGUUGGAGAUAUCAUGCUGAUCCGUGACCAUAUCAACCUACCUGGUUUCAGUGGUCAGAACCCUCUCAGAGGGCCCAAUGAUGAAAGGUUUGGAGUUCGUUUCCCUGCCAUGUCUGAUGCCUACGACCGGACUAUGAGGCAGAGGGCUCUCAGUAUGUGGAAACAAAUGGGGGAGCAACGUGAGCUACAGGAAGGCACCUAUGUGAUGCUGGCAGGCCCCAGCUUUGAGACUGUGGCAGAAUCUCGUCUGCUGCAGAAGCUGGGAGCAGAUGCUGUUGGCAUGAGUACAGUACCAGAAGUUAUCGUUGCACGGCACUGUGGACUUCGAGUCUUCGGCUUCUCACUCAUCACCAACAAGGUCAUCAUGGAUUAUGAAAGCCUGGAGAAGGCCAACCAUGAAGAAGUAUUAGCGGCUGGCAAACAAGCUGCACAGAAAUUGGAACAGUUGGUCUCCAUUCUUAUGGCCAGCAUUCCACUCCCUGACAAAGCCAGUUGACCUGCCCUGGAGUGGUCUGGCGUCUCUCACACAAGAUCCAAGUAGCUGCUACCUUCUUUGACCCCUUGCUGGAGUCACGUGCCUCUGUCCUUAGGUUGUAGCAGAAAGGAAAAGAUUUCUAUUCUUCACCUUUCCCACUUUCUUCCACUAGACCCUUCUAGUGCCAGAUCCUCUUCUCACAGCUGGGGUUACAGGUGUGAGCAUAGUGAGACGUUGGCGCUACAAAAUAAAGCUGUUCUCAUUUCUGUUCUUUCUUAUACAAGAGCUGGAGCCCAUGCCCUACCACGCAUCUGUGGAGGUGCCCAGGAUUUGACUCGGGCCUUAGAACUUUGCACAGCAGCUGCUACUAGCUUUUUGAGAUAAUACAUUCCUGGGGGCUCUGUUCUGCCUUAUCUAAAUCACCAGAGACCAAACAAGGACUAACCCAAUACCUCUUGGACUUUAUUUAAUGUCAUAAUGUUGUCAGAAUAAAGAGAAAGAUGAAAUAGUUUCA